GGACGCGGCGGCGAAGCUGGAGGCUCGCGCGAAGGCGGCCGCCGACUCCGCGGAUGCGGGAGACGACGCGCUGACUCCGACGUCUGAGAAACCGAAUGCGCUGCCCCAGAGGCCUUCAACGGCCCAUGGGUCGGAGGGAAAGCAUCAUAAGGCGACGGCGAAUGGUACAUCAUUGCAUAUCCUGGGCAAGGGCGAUCCUUCGAUGCCUUUGCGUGCCCGUGCGAUAUCCGAGUCAACUGCCGGUCGCCCCAGUAUGGAGAGAAACGUUCCUCCACGCAUUGCUGUCUCGCAAACCGAGGGAGGGGUUCUACGGACGGAACAGUCUGAGGCCAUCAUGCAGCGGUUGCAGGACGCGCUUGUCGAUGCCAGGGGCCGUGGGGCCCAAGACAUGAAGCUGGAUCGGGCAUUCGUAGAAGCAAUCUUGACUGCUUGGAACUCAAAGUCGGCAGAGGUCAAUGAGCUCAGGUCGAAGUUUGACAGCGAGAAGCGCACCAGCAAGCAGUACAUCGACGGCCUGUCUGUCGCCCAGACCGAAUACGAUCGUGAGCUGAAAGCUCGCCGCGAGGCUGAAGCAGAAGUUACUCGACUUCGUGUCCUGCUAUCGGGCCAGGCCGCUAGGCUAACAGCGCUUUCGGGUGACAAUCGGCGACAGGAAGUUCGUCAGAAGGCCACCCGGGAGAUGGACGAGAGGUUAUCGGGCUUGCAGCAAGACCUGUCGAAACUCAAGGUCGAGCGCGAUAUGACGCUAGCCGAGGUGGAGGAGUUGAACACUGCAAAGAGCCCCACCAAUCCCGAUCCACCUGCAAACCUCGGUCGUACCUUGUCUAUGCGUCUGGACAACAUCAAGUCCCAGUACCAGCACGAUCUCGUUCCCUUGACGCAGCAGCGGGAAGCCCUGCAGCGCGAAAUCGCCGAGCUCAAGGCCGUUCGUGAUGUGUUCCUUGAAGAGACAACCACCCUCAACGCACGAAACGAGGAGCUCGCCCAGCUGAGCGCGCAGUACACCCGCAAGCUCGAGAUGGCUCCCGAGACACCCCAGAAGCAGACCAUGGGUCGCUCGGCCUCCCUGAGGAAGAAGCGUCCUACGACGCCCCAGCAAGCGCCCCCACCACCAGCGCCGCCCAUCAUCUCGGGCCCCAUGAACCCAGUCAUUCUGCCGCCUUCUGCCAGCGACGAUAACCAGAAUGCCAUCCGGGUUGUCAGACUGGACGCUGAUCUGACGCCAAACAAGGCGAAGUGGUUCAGGCCGAAAGCGAAGGAGGCACCCGUGCCAACUCCAGAUGGCAAGGGAACGAAGGGCAUCCAGGAGCACAACUUCCAGCAGCUCAGCAUCUUGCGCUUCACUCGGUGCGACCACUGCGGCGACAAGAUGUGGGGUUCGCAACUGCGUUGCACUGUCUGCAAUGUCGCUGUGCAUGUACGCUGUCUGAACCUCGUGCAGACGUCUUGUGGUCAGCAGCACGGCUCAGGCAACCGCGACGAGUCGCAUGGUCCUCUUCCGCCGUCCAUGUUCGGUCGUGACCUCGUAGAGCAGGUUCAAGCGGAUGCUGCCAAGGCCGGGCAAGAGCGUCAAGUACCUGUCAUCGUCGAGAAGUGCAUCGACGCCGUAGAGGCAUCCGCGCUCGACUACGAAGGUAUCUACCGGAAGACUGGCGGGUCGAACCAGAGCAAGGCUAUCACGCAGCUCUUUGAGCGUGGCGACUAUCUGUCGUUCGAUCUUCGGGACUCCGACCGGUUCAACGACAUUUGCAGCGUGACGUCGGUCCUGAAGUCGUACUUCCGCUCCUUACCCAAUCCCUUGCUCACCUUCGAGCUGCACGAGCAAUUCAUGUCGGCGGUGGAGAUCAAGGACAUUCCGACGAAGAAUAAAGCUUUGUUGGACCUGGUCAACAGCCUUCCACCGCCUCAUUACUACACCUUGCGAGUGCUCAUGCUUCAUUUGCAUCGGAUAUUCGAGCGUGCGGAGCGGAACCUCAUGAACGCGCGCAACCUUGGCGUGGUCUUUGGACCCACGCUGAUGCGCUCGUCGAACCCGGGAGCCGAGUUCAGCGAUAUGGCUGGUAAAGCGCUUACCAUCGAAUGGCUCGUCGAGAAUGCGCCCUUCGUCUUCAAGGUUUCCUCAUGAGAGCGUACCACGUCCGGCCGACUGGUUAUUCAUUAUGUGAUAUCUUAUGCAUCGUCUAUCUGUCGUUUGGACCCGACUUGCGACACACGCACACACUCGUUCUAUAUCUUCCUCGCGAACUUUGUCGGUUAUGUCGUCGACCUAUUCGUGUCUGGCUAAAUCACGGAGGGUUCUUGUAUUUAUCGCGUUCCAUCUAUGAUCCUGACGCGCCAGUAUCGUUCUUUGGAUCCCGGUCUCCUGCUCAUAUCCCUCAUACUUCUUUCAUCGUCAUGGACUCCUACUAUCUCGAGUUCUUCAGUGUAGCUUCUCUCUCAUGUUGCUUUUCAUUACGCGCUGCAUAUGGCAGGAUACCGACCUUUUUACAUGGGUUGUGUAUGCCUAUCACACGCUAAUCGUAGAGUGUCAAUGUAGAUGACUCAGAUAACCCC